CAAAAGAGAGUAGAAGCAGCACUACUUUGCUUCACAUGCAUUCCACUUUCCAACAGACACAAAAUCUAAACAUUUUUACUCCUUCAACAAGUAAGGCACAAACCCAAUAUAUACAUAUAUCCUCACUCCCCCUUCUUAGUUCUUACUUUGUAGGUGUACUAGUGCUAGUUACUUAAAUAACAUUCCAAAACAAAUGACAAACUUCUUCUAAAGCCUUUACUCACUGUUUUUUUUUCAUUCUUCUUCUUCUUGUUCUUUGUUUCAACCUCCAAAUCAUCCAAUCCAGUCUAAGAAAAUGCGAACCGGAGGUUGUAGUAUACAACAAUCUCUUACACCGGAGGCGGCUACCAUUGUUAAGCAGGCAAUAAACCUCGCUAGACGGCGAGGGCAUGCACAAGUUACUCCAAUUCAUAUAGCUAGUGUUAUGCUAGCUUCACCUGCAGGACUUUUAAGAGUAGCUUGUCUUAAAUCUCAUUCUCAUCCUCUUCAAUGCAAGGCUUUGGAGCUUUGCUUUAAUGUGGCCUUAAACCGACUUCCAACCACCACUCCAACACCAAUCCUAGGUCCAAGCUCUCAUUAUCCCGCUCUUGCUAACGCCCUAAUGGCCGCCUUCAAGCGAGCCCAAGCCCACCAACGCCGCGGGUCCAUUGAGACCCAACAACAGCCCAUUUUAGCCCUAAAGAUCGAGACUGAGCAGCUUGUUGUUUCUAUCCUUGAUGACCCUAGUGUUAGUAGGGUGAUGAGAGAAGCUGGUUUUUCUAGCCCACAUGUUAAGUCUAAUGUGGAACAAACUGUUUCUUCUAUUGAGGGUUGCUCUCAAACUACAACUGUUGCUAGUAAUAAUAAUACUAAUAUUACUACUAACAUUAAGGCAGAAAUUGUGAGCCCUAUGGUGUUUCGUUCCAGUGCAAAUCACCAAACGUUGUUAAUACCCUCUUUAAACCAGUUUGACCUCGCUUUUUCGAAGCCCUUGAGCCAAGCCAGAAGUGAGGAUGUUUCGAGUGUGAUCGAUUCGUGGGUGAAGAGGAGAGAAAAGAGUAGUGUUGUUCUUGUAGGAGAGUGUUUGGGGAGUUGUGAAGGUGUGAUAAGAGGAGUUAAGGAGAGGGUUGAGAGAGGAGAUCAUCAAGUUCCCGUAGAGUUCAGAUAUGUGCAAUUCCUAACUUGCCCUCUGUCUUCUAUGAAGAAUCUUUCAAGGGAAGAGAUAGAUAUGAAGCUUGGAGAAAUUAGGUGCUCAUUAAAAGCUUGUGUAGGAAGAGGGGUAGUUUUGUACCUGGGUGAUCUUAAAUGGGUUGCUGAGUAUUGGGCUUAUUAUGGUGAACAAAGAAGACAUUAUUAUUGUCCGGUCGAGCACUUAAUUAUGGGAUUAAGGAGAUUAAUUUUUGGUAAUUUGGAGAUUAAUAGAAGAUUAUGGCUAAUGGGUAUUGCAACUUUUAACUCUUAUAUGAAAUGUAAAUCAGGCAUUCCUUCUUUGGAAACACUUUUGGAUCUUCAUCCUCUCACAAUUCCUGCUGAAAGUUUGGACCUUAGUCUCAAUCUUGAUAGUUGUAUUCAGGUCCAAAAUGAAAGUGGUGUAUCAGGUGAGGGCAUCAGCUGGCCACUAGUUGAAAAUAAAAUUGAUAUGCAGCUCACUUGCUGUAUGGAUUGUUCAACCAACUGCCAUCAAGAAGCGAGGAGCUUAACUAGCCUUUAUCGAAACAACCAGUCUACCACCACCACAAUUACUACGUCCCCCACAACUUCGACAACCUCAAGCCUACCAUCAUGGCUCCAAAAGUGCAAGGAAGAAAGCAGAGAGAUCAGUACGGAUCAUCAGAGGGAAACAAUGCAAAUGAAAGAGCUUUGUCAAAAAUGGAACAUGAUAUGCAGCACAGUACAUAAAACAUCCAACCUCGCCGAGAAAACCAUAAAUUUCUCAUCAUGCUCUCCUUCCUCAUCCACUUCAGUAUCUUCCUAUGAACAUAACCAACCUCAUUUACAAGAACCAAAACUAAUUUCUACUUGGCCUACGUUCUUUGAGCCUAAAUGGGAAACAAAAGAGCACCAAUUUCUAAUCUCCAACAUUGAUGUAAAACCUGAACUUUUGUCCAACCCCAACUCAACACCAAAUUCAGCAUCUUCAAGUGAGGCAACAGAGGCAAUAACAGAAACACCGUCUUCAUUGUCAGUAUUUCGAUUCAAAGAGAACAACCCUGAGAAUUUGGAGGCUAUGUAUUCCUCCUUAGAAAAAAAAGUCCCAUGGCAAAAAGACAUAAUCCCAGAAAUCGCGACCACAAUCUUAAGAAUCAGAUCAGGUACAAUGAGUAGGAAAACUUCCAAGCGUAAGUUUGUAAGCAAAGAAGAGCAUCAAAAGAAGGAGACAUGGUUGUUCUUCUUAGGGGUUGAUGAAGAAGGUAAACUAGGAAUUGCGAGGGAGUUAGCCAAGCUAAUAUUCGGGUCUUAUAGCAGCUUCAAAUCCAUUGGUUUGAGUAGUUUUGCAUCAUCAACAAGAGCAGAUUCAUCAGAUGAAUUAAGAAACAAACGAGUGAGAGAUGAAUAUGGUGGCAGCUACUUGGAGAGGGUUGCAGAAGCUGUCAGAGAAAAUCCUCAUCGCGUUUUCUUUGUUGAAGAUAUAGAACAACUUAAUCAUCGAGCACAAAAGGGUAUAGCACAAGCCAUUCAAACAGGACAGAUUAAGCUUUCUGAUGGAGAGAUAGUUGCGCUUGAUGAUGCCAUUGUGAUUUUCAGCGGUGAUAGUUUUAGCUCUGCAUCAAGAGCCUGUUCGCCGAGUGUUAAGCAAAAGUUCGAUGAAAAUGAUCAACAAGAAGUAACAGACCAGGAUGAAGUAGAGGAGGCUACUUUAUGUGUACCCCUUGACUUGAAUGUUGCAUUUGGUGAUGAUUAUGGAAGUGAGGAUUUAGUUGGGGAUGUUAGGAUUCUGGAGUCAGUAGAUAAGCAAGUGUUUUUUAAGAUUCAAGUGUUGUAAAGAAUGGCUGACAUUCUCAUAAUUUUCUGUAAUUUCUGGUUUUGUUUUUGCUUCUUAAUUUUUGUAUGGUUUGAGUAGUAAAAUUAGGUGGGAUGGUAUACGAAGAUGUUAGUUAUAAUUAGUGACAAGAAAGGUAACUUACAGUUAGUAAUCAUGUUCAAACUCAGGCGGCCUGUGUAAUUGUUCAUGUGUUAAUAUAGUUUUGUAAAUCUCUUUAUAUAAAUAUCAUCUAGCUUGCUUAUAA